CCCGAGAUUGUGUCCUUUUCUGUUUGAAAUCUGUUUUAUAAAAGUAUAGGGAAUAAUGUUGCGGUACCGUGGCAAAAAGAAGGUUUUGGAGAAAGUAAAAGAAUUAGAUGCUUUCCCCAAAGUGCCGGACGAAUACGUGGACAGUACAAUGGUUGGCGGAACGUUUUCAGUUAUCACAUUUUUCAUUAGCAUUUGGCUGAUAAAUAGUGAAGUUAGUUACUACUUGGAUAGUAAUUUAGUUUUUAAAUUUAUGCCCGAUACAGAUAUGGAUGAGAAAUUGAGAAUAAACAUCGACGUUACAAUUGCUAUGCCGUGUUCGAAUCUAGGGGCGGACAUACUCGAUUCUACCUCUCAGAGUGUGUUUGGUUUUGGGGAAUUACAAGAAGAAGACACUUGGUUUGAGUUGUCGGAGGAGCAACAGGCCGCAUUUGACGCCGUGAAGUAUUUAAAUGCGUAUUUACGCGAAGAAUAUCAUUCCGUAUGGCAAUUACUCUGGAAGCGUGGGCAUGGUUCAGUCCGCGCGACUAUACCGGAGCGCAAAAUAAAACCAAAAAGAAAAAAGGACGCUUGUCGACUGCACGGAACAUUAACUCUGAACAAAGUUUCUGGAAAUUUCCACAUUACAGCUGGAAAAAGUCUCCAUUUACCAAGAGGACACAUUCAUUUAAACAUGUUGUUUGAUGAUACACCACAGAAUUUCAGCCACCGCAUACAUAGAUUAAGUUUCGGAAGUCCAGCUAAUGGUAUAAUAUACCCUCUUGAAGGUGAUGAAAAGAUUGCAACUGAAGAAGAUAUGUUGUUCCAAUAUUUUGUAGAAGUUGUACCAACAGAUAUACAAACAGCAUUUGAAUCAACAAAGACAUUUCAAUAUUCUAUUAAAGAAUUGGAAAGGCCAAUUAGUCAUGCAAGAGGAUCACAUGGGAUUCCAGGAAUAUUUUUCAAAUACGAUAUGGCUGCAUUAAAGGUCAGAGUUUACCAAGAGAGGGAAAAUUUACUUACGUUCUUGUUAAGACUGUUUGCCGUUAUCGGUGGGAUUUUUAUUAUAAUUGGAUUUAUCAACUCUUUAGUGUUAACAUUAAGAACUAUGUUUUUGAAGAAAGCAGCACCGAUUGCAUUAGCACAAAAGAAUUUUUAUGAAAAAUCAAAGCCUCAACGUAAUCCUUUGUUAAUAACUCAGGAUUUAAGCGUCCCUGUAGAAUUAUUAAAACAAUGAAAGACUUAUACACAUUGACUUACAAUUAUAUGGAUGUCGGGUCCGCGCUAAAAAGUGUCCGAACUUAUAGGGCGUUAAAAUCGUAU